GACGAACAUAUUUUCCAUUCAACGUCAAAUUUAUUGACAUCAGAACAAGUCUCCGUUGUAGGUCUCAGGCUAUUCUUAACUGGCCUAUGGGUUGAUUAGGCCACGGCAAGGCCUUCAGUCACCGGCAGACUAUUCUGCGCAACCAUCGACUAUUCCUCAACAAUCACUGCGACUAGCAGCUACGAUCUUGCGUUACUCACUCUCACCUUUACUUAUCUACUUCCGGGAUCUCAUAUCCACCGGUUAGAAGCCCUCAUACACAUACAUAAGCCAGAAAGAAAAAGACAUACAACGCAGCAAAAAUGGCAGAACCUCGCGCUCGUGCUGCAAGGCACAAAGGACAGAUGAACUUUGCCGGCGACUUGCGAACUCUUCUAUCCGGCUACGGAGACCGCGAUGCCCAUCCCUACUGCCCUCCAGGCCCUCUUCCCGAAACAGUCCGCGUCCUAGACGAAAUCGUCACCGACUUCAUCCUAGAAAUGUGCCACGAAGCCGCCGCAUACGCAAGCUAUGCACGACGCCAAAAGAUCAAAGUGGACGACUUCCGAUUCGCAUUGCGUCGUGACCCUCACAAGCUAGGUCGUGUUCAGCAGCUCCUACAAAUGGAUCGAGAGCUCAAGGAUGCAAGAAAGAUCUUUGAUCAUGAUGAUGAUCAGGUGGGGACGGCGGGGAGGAAAGUCGCUGAAGAAUUAGAUGUUAGCGUCGAUGGGACUGUUGCGACUGGAACGGGGAAUAAGAAGGCUAAGGGGAAAGGGAAACGGAAUGCUGGGAGACGGGGUUCGGAUGCUACGGAUGAGAAUGCUUUGAAGAAACGAAAAGUUGAUGGUUGAGCUGCUGAUGUCCGGAUUGUAACAAUAUUCAUUGCAUAUUACGGCGUUUGAUGGGUGGAGUUUUGCCUUUUGGCUGGAUAUCGUCUGCUAUCAGUUUCCAUGGAUAUACGGGCUUCAUUAUGAUGAUACGAAGAGACUUGCAUCUACCUUAAUUGGAAGGGUUCAC